AAGGAGCUGAAGAAGCUUGGAAAUGCGGCUGGUGAAGGGCUCGAGGAAGAGAGCUUGAAGGACAAGCACUGGGUCAUUGCCACGGGCCUCGCUUACGCCUCUGAUGGCCUGGUACUGCUGACCAACGACGGCAUCUUUGCGGAGACCCUGGCCAGUGCCGAGGGCAACAUCCUGUCCGCCUACGACGUUAAGAUCCAAGGUGAUCCUCCGGUGGAGCUCCUCCACAAGUGGCGAACCGGUGCAAAGGCCGGCGGCGUGAGGUAUGGACGAGUGUGGUGCAGCAUGACAAAGCGCACGGGCGCCACAAGCAAGUUGCGGGUGAAGUAUGUGGAGUCGCCCGAGCGGCCGAUCGACAUGCUUUUGGAUGCGCACGGCAUGCGUGUGCAGACGAUCCGGCGCUACGCCUUCGGACC